GCUCUUUCCUGUCCUUUUUCCUCUCUAUCCACGCAAACUCAUUUUUCACCGACCACUACUCAGGCAAAGAUGACAGAGGAUAGCCAACACCAGCCAUCUCAACCAGACAGUCCACAGCAAACACUUCAACCGAGUAGUCCGCAGCAAACACCUCGGCAGAGCAAUACCCAAAAAUCAUUUCCUCUGGACAGCUUUGUUACUCCGACAUGUAAACGGACAUUGGCAUCCUAUACUUAUGAGGGUAUUUCGGCAACAACAUUGGAUCAGUCGCCGUAUUUUCAAAGGAGAUACCAGAACAAAGAUGCAGAGUCGAAAAAGGCGAGGCUCACCGGCGUGUUGGAGAACAGUCCAUUUGUUCAGAAGACAACAAACGCGACUGUCUUCUCCAACAUGUCCAUGGUCCAGUCGGAUCACACGGCUGAGAGGGACACCGAGAGUAUGGUGUUCGCCAAAGGUCGUGUGGUCGAGAAUGAGGAUAGCGUUUUCGAAUUCUGCCGCCCACGCUCGGUGGCACUGCGUAGUGUUGCGAGCGACAUCACUGCACAUGUUUCAGCAGAGCUGGAGAACCGCCUUAGCGCUGGACCGGCCGGUGGUGCAGGGGGUGAGCCUAUUCCUGCUGCCAGCUUGCCGAAUUUGCAGCAGCACCAGCCGAGAUAUGCGACAAAGGACCCCCUGGAGGAAGUCAGCAACUGGCUUAGACUGCUGAAAAAAGGGAAGGUCGCUGAGACUAAAACGUAUUUCCCGAUUCAGCAAUUCUUACUGUUUUCCAUGCGCGAGAUCGACGGUCAAGUCGAAGACCGUCAGAAGGACCGUGAUCUUGGCCGCCUGCUGCAAGACUAUUGCCGAAUCCUUCCCUUCAAGAACGUCGACACCGGUCCACAAGGCAAGGACGACCAGCGGCGUGUUGACAUUGGCCUGUACGCACAGGGUGUCAGCGACGACUUCUCCUUUGACAGCGUUGAGGUCCAGCAGGACAUUGACUACAGCAGCACAUUUGCUGUGAUUGAAGUCAAGCCUGACAGUUUGGCUGCAUCGGUCCGGCAGGCGCUUGCUCAAUUGCUGCUUUACAGCAGAAACAUAUAUGCGAUGCAGCCAAAUCGCCGCUUCAUCUGGGGCAUCACAAUGUGCGGAAAUGAGGUGCGCACAUGUCUGUUUUCCAACGAUGUCGUCUUUUCGUCCAGUGCCAUCGACAUAACAACAGCAGCUGGUCGUCGGCAGUUCGUCGAGCUUCUCGUCAACUUUUCGCUGUGCGAGGUUGAUCAGCUGGGCUACGACCCAACGAUCCGCUGGCGCCCUGAGCACAAUUGCUGGGCCAUCGAAGGUCCCGACACUGCGGGCAAGUCGUCGGGCACCACAACAGUGAAAACGUACUACUCUGACAAGCAGCUCCUGUCCAGUGCGGACGAGCUCUUCGGUCGGCACAGGCGAUGCUUUUUGGUGACAGACGAGAAACCCACUGGCAACGGCAUUGCACCCAAGUUCAUUCUGAAGGAUGCGUGGCCGGAGGCUGAGGAGGAUCCUGCCCAGGACAAGCGGAGCGAAAUCAGGUUCAUGCACCAUAUCGCUACAGAGUUGGCGCAGUCGGAUGUCGAGGACCUAGUCUAUCCCAAGCUCCAUGCUGGCGACCGAGUCCACAUCGAUGCCAACGGCGAGGUCUUCGAGGACAAUGUGAAGAACAUACUGGGCUCGCUGUUUUCGCUGCGCAAACCAGAUGGAGGCGCAAUUCCGUUCCGCGUACACACGCGUGUCAUCAUGGACAACAUUGGAAAACCACUGAAGCACGUAGAGUCAGUGCACGAGCUCAUAGUGGUUCUCGGUGACGCGAUGCGCUGUCACUCGGAGAUCCUGAAGCGGUGCAGCAUCCUCCAUCGUUGCAUCACUGACAGCAACAUCCUUGUAGUGCGUGAGGAAGGAAAGCCAGUGCGCGGGCUACUCAUCGACUUUGACAGUGCCCUGGAGGUCGGACAGGUCCGAGCACCAGUACGCAGCGAGCAGACAGGUGCGCUCCCAUAUGCAAGCAUCAACCGCUUGCUUGCGUCAGACGUCGAGCAGACAGAGUUGGACGACUGGGAGUCGCUGGUCUACCUAAUCUGCUGGUACGCAACGAUUGGGAUUUGCAGGGAUAAGAAAGAUAGGCGACACCCCGCGAGUAUGAGGGGCUUGGCAAUCAGCAAGUGGCGAAACGGAACUCCUAAGGAAAUCGGUGAAGCCAAGAGGAAUAAUUUGGACACUCUUAAUUCUAUCGGCGGUAAGAUCAUUGAAUACUUCCACCUCGUCAAGGAUAUUGAUGUCCUGCAAACCCUGGUGGAGGAUAUCUAUAUGGAUUUGUUCCAAAAUGCGAACCUGCGUAAGGAUGGCACGUGCGAUGGGAGUCGUUACAGAGGCUCGGAGCUUCAGAUAAAUAGAAAAAUGGGUAUAAAGCGUAACCCAUUCAAGGAGCGCUUGGAGAAGAAGAGCGAGAUCACCACAGCACUGUUGAAGACGAUGACCGAAGCCUGGAAGAGCUCACGGAACAUUUGCAUUGCAUAGUCUCAAGGCAACAAGUAAAUAUUUUCAAUCACUUCAUUUGUCACUAUAAAACAC